CUGGAGUGCUUGUACUUAAAUCAAGUCUUCCUCCAGCCCAGUCAAUCAUUUCCUACAGCAUCCAACACAUUCUUUCAAGAUCUCAAGACUCCUCUCGACAAAGUCGCACGCUGACAGCUUUUCUCGACCUGAUCCCUCGCAGUGCGAACAUCAGUCGUUGCUGUACGCCCAAAGCAUAGCCUCUGAUCUCAAGCAAGUGCCUCCUAGACCCGAAUCGCAGAAUCACCGAGGAUCAUUUCUCAAGCGUUCAUAAUGGUCAACCAUCUGGCCCUCCUAGGCUUUGCAGGCCUCGCCUCGGCUGUUGGGAGCAACAAUGGGUACUACGGUCUGCCGGCUGUUGGGAGCAACAAUGGGUACUACGGUCUGCCGCCUGUUGGGAGCAACAAUGGGUACUACGGUCUGCCGCCUGUUUAUGAGGCCGGUGGCGUAAAGGGCAGCACCUCUGUGGUGGAAGGAGGGGCCACUGGUCAUCCCACCAGUGAUGCUACUCCUCACUCGAGUACAACUGUAGCAGGAGAAGUUGGUACUCCCAAGGCGUUCGCGACCCCGGAAAGAUUCACGGUCAAAUACCCUUUGGAAGCAACUGCGACUACAACGGCACACGAGUCCGCUAUCACAGCCGUUACUUCGUACAAGACGUCUCAUGAAGAGCCAUUGUACGGCAUCCUCACUGUGAUCCCAUACCACCAAUCGAGCAAGACUGGCCCGACUUACCAGGUGGGCAAGUCUUCUUCCUUGUAUGGUACCACCAAAUCUGGGCCACACUCCGAGAUUUCGUCUAGCACAUCGGAAGAAACGCACCAUACCGCGACCUCAACCUACGAGUGGUUUCACAAGACAAUCGUCCACGAGACGACUACAUCGACUCUUCACGCAGGAACCCCGAGUGUGCCUGUCCAUGAGUCUACUAAGUCGCCAGCCAGCUACGCUCCUCACCUUCUUCCUCCAAUCUACAAGCCUGGCCAUGUCUCUGCUCCACCCAAGCCUGCUCAUUCUGCCCCGACUUACGACCUGCUGCACUCCAACCCAAUCUACGAGAUUCCCAAGUACUUGGCAACCCAUGGAUCUCACUCCGCUUCGGAGAACAAGCCUACCCAUGCUGCAUCCAUUUACAAGCCGACCCAUGCUGCGUCCAUUUACAAGCCUACCCAUGCUGCGUCUAUUUACAAGCCGACUCUUGUAACCCCUAUCUACCAUAUCGGAUCUGAAGUGCCCGCCAUUUCGUCGGCCCUGUACUCAAUCUAUUCUGUUGUGACUCAUGCAAUUCACCCACCUACGCAUGCUGCUUCUGCCAGCCACAGCCACCCGGAGUCGUCGAAGCCUGCUACGAACUAUCCCCUCACGUCAGUCUCCACCUAUGCAUCAUCCCUGACUCCUGGCCAAUCUUCCCACCCGGCUCCCACCGGACCGAUCAAGUCAAGUGCGACUCAUGUGUCCCAUUACCCUGCGCCCUACCCCACCGGCCCGGCCCCGUUUCACUCGGUUCAACUUCCAUCGAUUUAUUUGCACCCCUCGGCCUUCACGAAUAUCUACCGCACUCAGUCGGCAUCUCACACCAUCGCAUCGCCUGUCCAUUCUACAACCGUGUACCAUGGAAGCACCGCUUCCUACAAACAUGAGUCCUCGGCGAGCGCCACUACUCCAGCUACUUACAAACCUGAUUCCUCAGGGACCUCCGCUGCCUCUGCUACUUACGAGUCUAAGACAACCACUGCCGGCCACGCGACCACCGUGUACACAACGACCUGCCCGGUCAGCACUACGAUCACCGUCGGCGGCAGUGCCUACGUCUCCAAAUACGUCACAGUGUCCACCGUGACCGAGGUGUACCAUGCGCCCGAGACCCACGCCCAGAGCUACCUUCAGUCCGGCCCUACAGAUGUUGCUGCUCCAUCAAAGAAGACAUCUCCCGUGUACCGCUCCGAGCAUGAGCCUUAUGAGCAACCUAGCGCACCGGUCUACCCAACCGAGAUUAUCUACUCCACUAAGCAGACCACCGUCAUUGGCUGCUCCCCUGGCUCCGAGGGCUGCGAUGCCACCACCACCACCAUCGUCGUGCCGACCAUCGCUGUUUCCACCUACACCAUCACCGUCAAAUCUGCUUCGCCAUCCGCUCCUGCUGGGUCCGCAAGUGCUCCUCCGGCCUCCGACCUGCCCUCAACCAGCUGCUCCACUGAGACUACCCCCUCGACGUACGCGGCUCCUCCUCCCUACCAAACAUCUCCUGCCAGUGCCACCAUCACCAGCGCUCCUCCAGCCAAGACCGCCCCCGCCCCUGCUCCGUACCCACCAGCCGCCUACAGCAGCGACAGCGUCGGCAGUGCGAUCCGCUACGAGUCCGUCCUGGUGGUGCCUCGUCCGGCUUCGAGCGCACUCGCGUCCAUCACCGUCGUGCCCCGCCCGGUCCCCACCGACGCACCCAAGCAGUACGGCGGUGCGUCGUCCACUCGGCCCAGCAUCGCGGUACAGUCCGGCAACAGCGGUGUGGCGAACAAGCCCGCUGCGGCCUUCCUCGCUGGUGCUUUCGCGCUCGCGGCGCUGCUCUAAGCGAACGUUAUCGCUUCACAGUCGCG